UUUUUAGAUAUUAAUGAAUGUGAACAACCUGGUAUAUGCGACCACAUUUGUGAAAACACUCCUGGCAGUUACGUAUGCCGCUGUCAUCACAACUACAAGCUUAGCAGAAGUCAUAAUUCUUCUGUUCCCAAUAGAUGCCGUGCGAUGGGUGGCGAUCCGCUUCUUUUGCUUAGCAACAGGGCAACCAUACGACAAUUUGAUCUGGUCACAAACGUACAUAUCCCACUUAUACAGAGCCCAGGAUCUGCUGUUGCUAUGGAUUUCCAUCAUGACAAUGGGACCUUGGUAUGGUCGGAUAUCGCUCUACAAAAGAUCCUGAUGUGCAAGAUUGGUAACGAUUCUGUCCAUCAUCACUUGGCAGUUAGGGAGAAGUGUGCCGAAGGUGAGCAGAGCAUUCUUAUCGAUUCGGAUGUGCAUACUCCCGAUGGCUUGGCUGUGGACUGGAUUCACAACCUUCUUUUCUGGACUGAUGGUGGCUUAGACCAGGUUAAUGUAAUGGAUCUGAAAACUCGUCGCAAGCGAGUUUUGUUUUCCGAUGGUCUGGAAGAACCUCGAGCAAUAGCUUUCGAUGUUUUUAAGGUCAUCGUCAAGGGCGAACGAGUGAAAUGGCCUAACGGUCUUGCUCUCGACUACAUUGAUAAACGCGUGUAUUGGGCGGACGCAAAAGUGAAAUCUAUCUUCUCUUGUGAUUACUGGGGACAUGACGUGAAGAUCAUCCUCCAUUCGCAUCAGUAUCUGCGGCAUCCAUUUUCCAUUGCUGUUUUUGAGGAUCGUAUCUACUAUACUGAUUGGGAACAUGACGGUGUCAUAACCAUCAAUAAGUUUACCGGAGGAGAAAUGCGAACUGUUAUGCAAAAAGUGUCAACUCCAAUGACUGUGAGGAUUUAUCAUAAGUUGGCACAGCCACAUAUGGAGAACAAGUGUCGUGAUUCUGGUUGUGAUCAAAUGUGCCUGCCACGAGCAGUUUACCGUAAAACGGAACGAUCUCUCGAGACUCCCUGGCACGAUCGCCCAUAUGCUUGUAUGUGCGAAGGAGACACUCCUGCGGAUCUCAUCGAAUGU